AUGCAAAAGACCCCAAAGGAGAAGGCCGAUAAGAAACUACAGGCAGAACUCAGCGAGGAGAAAAGGGCUGAGAAGGCGCGACGGCGCGAGAUCACGCUCGAACGCAAGAAAGCUGCUGAGAAGCGCCGCAGGCUCGAGGAAGAGAAGGCCAAGAUGGGCGCUCGGAAAGCUGCCCGACUGCGUCAGGAUACGAGGAAAGUGUGGAUUGGAAAGGUUCCGAUCAUGCUGUGCUUCUCCUUCUGCAUCCUCUACGAGCUAAGCGACGAGGGAUUGUACGACCUGAAUAAAUGCUUCUUCGACUCGAGAGGAUACCAGCAAGUCCGGUGGGAGGAGGCGCCUUGUCGACUCUGGCUGUAUGACAAUGACCCGCGGGACAAACAGGUGGAGCUGAUUUUGCUGAUGACGGCGCCGCGUGCAAGGGGAUUCUCAUGGAAGGACGACUUUGACGUGCAUAACGGGACGUUUCCAAGAGUCGCGGUCACCGCGGAGAACGACGGCAUGCUCAAUCACGGAGUCAGCGUUGGGGAAUGUGAGGAUGCUAGCUGUGUGGAUGGGUGCUAA